AUGACAAGUCCCUCCGAUCAUAAGAUCGACACCGAAGUCGAAGGCCAUGAAAUCCAGUCGCAGGCACCGCAAACCCGACGAGCUCGUCUCAAGGCCGCAGUCUGGGAUACAUGGGACAAGUCCCCAGAAGAGCGCCGUCUCGUCCAGAAAGUAGACUGGUGGCUGUUAAGUUAUGCCUGCAUUGCAUACUUCAUCAAAGCCCUUGACCAGGGUAACACAUCAAACGCCUACGUCUCCGGCAUGAAAGAGGCCCUCGAUCUCAAAGGCAACGACCUCAACUACCUCACCACCUACUGGAACAUCGGGUACAUCCUCGGUCAAAUCCCAUCCCAGCUCAUCCUCACCAAAAUCCGCCCCUCAAUCUGGCUGCCCGCCCUCGAGCUCCUCUGGAGCUGCCUCGUGAUGGCCCUCGCCGGCGCCAAAAACGUGCAAACCAUCUUCGCCCUGCGCUUCUUCAUCGGCCUCUUCGAGGCGUCCGCUUACCCCGGUAUCAUCACCCUGCUAGGGAACUGGUACACACCAGCCGAACUCGGCAAACGAGCCGCCAUCUUCCAGGCUUCAUCCAGCGCCGCGAAUAUGUUCUCCGGGUAUCUCCAGGCAGCGCUGUACUCUGGCAUGAACGGACGCGCGGGUCUCGCGGCGUGGCAGUGGUUGUUUAUCUUCGAUGGGAUCCUGGGUAUCCCCAUCUCUCUAUACGGAUUCUGGGCGAUUCCCGAUUCGCCGAAUGAUUCGCGAAACCACUGGUUAAAUAAAGACGAGACGGAGCGCGCCGCGCAGCGGAUGCGCGAUGUCGGGAGAGCGCCAGCAAGGAAACUGACCCUGCGCACGGUGCUCGAUGUCUUCCGCUCGUGGCCGGUGUGGCUGUUCUCGACUGUGUUCAUUGCGCAUGUCCUUGGGCUACGCAUCUACUCGUACUUUAAUGUGUGGCUGAAAUCGACGGGGAUGUAUACGACGGAACAGGUUAAUGUUAUUCCGUCCGCUGGGUAUGGGCUGCAGAUUCUCUGUACGUUGAUGUUUGCGUGGACGAGUGACUAUAUCCAGGCCCGGUGGCCGGUUAUUGUGGUUGCGUGUGUCCCUGGUAUAGUCGGGUGUGUUAUACUGAGUGUCUGGCCGGAGCAGAACACGGCUGCUAUGAUGGCUGGCUGGUUACUGACGUAUGCGGAGACUGGGGCCGGGAUCUUGUUUACCUCGUGGGUGAGCGAGACGUGUGGCUUUUCGGCGGAGCAUCGGGUUGUUGUUAUUGGGGUGAUGGAGGCCGUGGCGUUUACGUUUAAUGCGUGGGUGCCGCUGCUGGUGUAUAAUACUGGGGAGGGACCGCAUUUUAGGAUUGGGUAUCAGAUGGCAGCGAUGUUUUUUGCCGUUGAGUUGGUCCUGGCUGUUGGGAUUGCGGUGGUGGAGAAGAGAUGGCCUGCUUGGAAGAUUAAACGACAGGAUGUUUAG